AUGCACCAGAUCACAGACAAUGCGGUAGAGAAUGGAAAUCCCGUGCAGCAAUACCAUGGGAAGUGGCCGUUCUGGCGAUUCGCUGGAAUGCAGGAACCGGCUUCCGUCGCGUUCUCGGUCUUGAACCUCCUGGCUCACGCCAGAGGAGCCCGACAUGUGCAAGAAAGCAUCCACGAUGGGCAUCCCAUGAAACAGUAUUAUCUCUGGGGUGCAUUCAUCAAUAUGAAUGCGUGGUUCUGGUCAUCUGUCUUCCACACGCGAGACCUGCCAUUGACCGAAAAGCUGGAUUAUUUCUCUGCUGCCCUGGCUAUUAUGAUUGCCCUGUAUUACACCGUGAUCCGCCUAUUCCACCUAUAUCCCCCAGAGCGUAACGGCCCUCCGUCGACAUUCCUAUCGCCCAGAACCUUUGCGUCAAACGCAUGGACGUGUAUCUGUAUAGUCGCGUAUCUCGCCCACGUCUCCUACCUCGCUUUGCUGCCACGCUUCGACUACGCGUACAACAUCGCUUUUAACCUUGCCAUAGGUAUGCUGCACAACUUGCUUUGGGUAUUUUACUCCCUUCCAUCCUCGAUAUCUUUCAUUCGACGCUUCCCCUUCGGUCCCGAAUCCUAUCGCCCGAAAUAUGCUAGCAAGGCAGCCAUCUUUGUGGCAUGUACAAUGCUGGCUACAGCAUUGGAGGUGUUCGAUUUCCCGCCUUGGGAGAGGAUCAUCGACGCGCAUUCGUUGUGGCAUCUGUCGACUGUUCCUAUCACAGUAUUCUGGUAUGAAUUCCUCGUCCAGGAUGCGCAGGAUGAUGGUUGGAGGGUGCAAAAAUUUUGA